AUGGCCUCCCAGAGGAAAAACCUCCACUCAUCUUGGUCAUUAUGUGGGGUCUGGCAGGGAGAUCAUUACCUCAGAGUUACUAACUGUGAGAGAUUUAUUAAGAUACGGUAUUCUGCUAAGGCAGUUGAGCGAGAAGGACAAAAAAAAUAUACCAAAAAAGAACUAGCCAAAGAUAUUAUGACUGCCCUCUUUUAUCAGUGGACCAAAGCAAAUUCUAAACAUCUUAUUCAAGAAUUGGAUGGUCCAACACUGAGCAAUAAUCGAUGGUCAGGACCAAUUGGUAAGAUACUUGAUGAUGCAAUAGACCUGGAAAUAAAUCCAAAUUUUAUCAGGAUAACUGUUGGUCUUUCAUUGAUUGAGUUAAAACAGAGUUUUAUUGAUGACCUCAGCACAGACCAGUAUUAUGGAUACAUGAUUGUUAAUGCUAUCAGAUCUGGUGUUGUGCCUGACAGGCUUGCGAACUUACAGAUUGGACCUGUCUGUCACUCAAGAUGGUUGACUACAGCUCUAAGAUGUUGCAGAUUAUGGGUUUCCAAUCAUGGUCUGAAAGAUAUGCCACUUAGAAAUUUGAAAUUGAUUGUCGAAUUUAUAGUCGGAGUUUAUAUGCCUAAUUGGUUUAACAUCAAAGUAAAGCAUAGUUGGAUUGAUGGUCCGAGACCUGUUCUUUUUCAGCUUGAGCUUUUCAGAAUCCAAGACAAAGAGGUGAUGCAAAUAGUGAUGCCUGUGGUAAGAAGAUCAGCCAAUGUUCAGAUGGGGGAUAUGAGUUUAAGACAAAGGGUAACACCAGAGAUCAAUCCUGAUGCCAGCAGCCUACUUGAACUCAUUCAUUGGGAUUCUGAAAUGUAUGAAUCUCCUCUAACUUGUAGCUUAACAACGGCUCAAGUCAAACAAUUUUUGCACACUCCAAUGAUAGUCCCAGACUGGCCCUCACACAUUCAAAGUAUUGAGAGAUGUGUCAAGAUAGUUACAGAGGCAAGUGAACAUGUCUACAGUCAGGAAAGAAGGGAUGGAUAUAUUAGAUCACAGAUCGUCAGCAGACAAUUAAUGUGUAGAAAUGCGAACAAGAAGGACAUGUACAUACAAUCUCGUAAAGUUUGGAAAUAA